AUGGCUGGUGAGAAGAUCAUGGAAAGCGAGUUCAAACUCUCUCCAAAGCAGUCUUACGAGAAAGAUGUGGAAGACGCUAAUGAGCUAAGUAUUCCUGACAACCUGCGCACAACAAGAUAUCUUGUGAUUCGCAAAACGGAAAUUUUGGCACAACAGUACAAUGCUUGGUACUAUAAAGUAGUUUUACUUUUCUCCGCCUUUGUUUGUGGCUACGGCUAUGGGCUUGACGGAACCCUGAGAUAUAACUACACCAGUUAUGCCGCCAACUCCUACGGUGAGCACUCGCUCAUAUCCACGAUCGGCGUUAUCAAUGCCAUCAUCGGUGCCGCAGGGCAGCUUUUAUACGCAAGACUAUCCGACACUUUUGGAAGGCUCACGUUGUUCAUAACAGCGAUUGUCUUUUACGUCGUGGGAACAAUAAUACAGUCGCAAGCAUACGAUAUCCAGAGGUAUGCAGCUGGUGCAGUCUUCUAUAAUUUGGGUUACGUUGGAGUUGUCUUGGUUCUAUUGCUGAUUUUAUCCGACUUCUCCUCGUUAAAGUGGAGACUGCUAUUCCAAUUGGUGCCAACCUGGCCAUUUAUCAUUAACACAUGGAUCUCGGGUAACAUCACGGAGGCUGCGAACCCACAAAAUAACUGGUCCUGGGAUAUCGGUAUGUGGGCGUUCAUAUUUCCACUAUCUUGUGUGCCUUUAAUCGCAUGUAUGCUACACAUGAGAUUUAAGGCAAGAAAGGCACCAGAAUGGGUUGCUCUAAAGGAAAACAAGACUUACUUUCAGAGCCACGGUGUGUUCAACCUUUCGAUCGAGCUAUUCUGGAAGCUUGAUGUCGUUGGAGUUCUAUUGGCUGUGGUGACCCUUGGCUGUAUUUUGGCACCUUUGACUCUUGCAGGAGGGGUGAGGAGUCAGUGGAAGAACUCUCAUAUAAUUGGACCUUUUGUUCUCGGAUGGGUCUUGAUCCCGGUCUUUUUAUACUGGGAAAAAAGAUGGGCCAGAGAUCCUUUGGUACCGUACGCUUUGGUCAAGGACCGCGGUGUAUGGGCUGCGAUGUGUAUUUCAUUUUUGAACUACUUCAUCUUCACUUUGGCUGCAGGAUACCUAUACACAAUACUGGUUGUAGCCGUUCAUGAGUCAAUCAAGUCAGCUACUAGAAUUUCUUCACUUUCAUCCUUUGUCUCUGUCGUGUGGUCGCCAAUAUUUUCUCUCUUUAUCACCAGACAAAAAAAGCUGAAGCCUUAUAUUAUUUUGGGUUGUGCUUUAUGGAUGUUGGGAAUGGGUCUACUUUACCACUACAGAGGUGGUUCACACGCCCAUGGUGGUAUUAUUGGCGCUCUGAUAGUCUGGGGUAUUGGGACGACCAUGUGGACAUAUCCAGUUAAUGUGUCAGUACAGUCGGCGACCUCUCAUGAAAACAUGGCAACAGUCACAGCACUCAACUACACCAGCUACAGAGUUGGAGGUGCGGUUGGCUCUGCAGUUUCGGGUGCCAUCUGGACUCAAAUUCUUUAUGGCAAACUGCUGAGUCUACUGGGAAAUGUGGAGGAAGCCACAGAAGCGUAUUCCUCGCCAUUCACGUUUAUCGUAAAGUAUACCUGGGGAACCCCACAGAGAGAGGCCGUCGUCGAAGCUUACAGACACGUACAAAAGUACGAAACCAUUGUUGCACUAGUUUUUACCGCUCCUUUGGUAGUAUUCGCCUUUUGCUUGAGAGACCCUGAUUUGACUGACAAGUUUGCUCACGAAGACUUGGAGGGUGAUGUGCAAAUCGCCAAAAAUGACACUGACGUGAUUGUUGAUUGGUUCUCAUCGAAAUGGUCUAACAUGCGCCAAAGAGCGUGA